GAAAACAACAGCAACCACCACAUGCAAUCCUUCUGGGGCUUGAGAGGCUUUUGAGCUUUCUGCUGCGGAGUAACCCGCUGGUGACGACACUCUCUGAAGCCCUUGUGAGCCUUUCGUUGCAUUUGCCAGAUGGACCCCAAAGCAGCAGAGUUGCCGCGAGAACGUGCGGCCUCCUCAGAGCCUUGCUCAACUCGAUCAAAUCCUUUUGACGACAACGAGCACUCCUCGAGGAAGCGCCAGAGAGUAUCCCGCAGAGGCUCCCGGAGCAGAUCUGUAGAUACAGCUACAGCUUCCGAUAGCACAGCACAGUCCAUGCCUCUGUCAGAAGGAGGUAGCAAAUCUGAGGCUGAUCCUGCCCCGCCUCGAACCCCAACACGAAGUGGUCCUCAUCCGGCUCCAGAGCCUACGUCCAGCAGAGUCACCAUAAACCUCCGGACUGCCCGUCCACUCGAAUCAAUACCGUCGUCUCCUCCUUCUCCGACAACGCCCUCCAAGAUGGCCUCUGAUGGUGCAGACACAGGCAUGAGAGUCAGUGUGGAAUUAGAAAGCGAUGCGCUAUCCGCGAAUCCAGCCAUAGAGACGCCAUCCUCUUCUCCUUCGGCCCCUGGGAGUCCAGAAAUCGAAGUCCUAACUAUACAUGAGGACGAUGAAGAAUUUACCACGCGGAGCCCGCCGCUCGCAAUCAUCGACGAGGACGAAUUGUUCGUCGAUCCUUUUCUCCACUUCCCAUACAAUAAUGAUGGAGAGAGCCUGGUGGCUACGGUGAGGAGGCUGGUCCAUUUUAUUCAAUAUGAACCUCUUGAGGAAGAGUCCAGUUUCUGCAGACUCCGCGAUUGGAUCGAGAGCUACCUGGCGUAUACUCAUGAUCGCGUUGACACUUGGUACGAAACUUACAGCAAGUAUCGUACGUUUUGGACGAUUUUCCCCGAAGUAAUAUUCGCAUUGAGUUGGCGCAGUCGUUUUUUCGCGGACUUUCUAGAAGCUAGUCGAGAGGGACACCCAGCUCUGUCUGGGCUCCUGUUCCAAUUCGCUCGUCUGACUGCUAGAUUUGUGGCUAUGGACGUCAGGACUCUCUCACGAUAUCUCAAAGAGAAUAAUAACGAUGAAGGCCCUGAUCUAGCGUCCCGUGGCUACCUGCAGGCAUACAGCUAUCUUCUCCGGAAGGAUGAGCAAUCUCAUAUCGGCAGAAAUCUGGAGGCCCAUUACCAUUGGGUUUGGGAGGAGGAGGUUGCCUUAUUGACAAACGCCUUCCAAACCGCCGGUGGAUCCCUUCCAACAUUGAUCAAGCUUGCAGAAGGACAGCUCAGGUUGACAUCUCAGAAUCCAAAGAUUAUUGAUAACUUGAGCGAGCCCUGUCGACUUGUCGCCAAGGUGCUAUCUGAUGCUGCGACCAUUCUCGGGGAAAGCGGUCAGCACCGCAGACAGUCCAUUGAGGCUGCCCGGCAGCAGCUAACUCAAGGAUAUGACUUCUUUGGGGUUAUGUCUGCCGGCCUGGAAAAGAUCAUCGAGAAGCAAGUAACCUUUCUCACACCCGACUCGGCCAUUACACUGGUCCUUAGCUUGGCAAACAUUCUGUACAGCACCUUGCUUCAUGAUAACAGCGCAACUCGCGAACUGCUUGCAGCUAAACGUGGGGAGUAUCCCGAUAUUCAGACGAAAUAUUUCCCGAAAAUAAUCUCGCUCGAAUGGAAAUUCACGAUACUGAAGAGACUCAUUACAUCGGCGCAGAUGCAAUUACGUGUUGUUGGCGUCACUACCAUGUGUGGUGAUCUGCUAUCAUUACACGGAGCUCACAAGGGAAAUGAUCCGUCACAGAACCCAAUACUCCUCUACUUUGCGGAUUUCGUGAUUCGAAACAAGAUCGUAGAGUACCUUGUUGGAAUCGCAUCCCACCCUGAGAUCAUCAAUGAAAGCAACAACAUACUUGGCUUUUUGAUUGUCACAAAUACCUUCAAGCAGUCCCAAGCUUCCACUAUCUGGCAGACAGUGACAACCAGCCAAGAUCCUAGAGUUGUAGAAGCUAUUCUCAGAAUGCUCAAACGCUGCCUGAAUUUACAGAAGUACGAAGACCUCCUUUUCCUUUGCGAGAAGGUCAAGUCGCUCCCUAUUGAGGCAUUCACGGCCACAAUGAGGGACUUCUGCGAGGAAUUGUUCAGAACACUCGUGAGUAAAGCAGCUUGCGACGGGAUUCAGUAUGUUGAUGCACCACCGUACGAGUUGUGCGUCAGGCUCAUCCGUGAGUCGUCGAUGACUACGCCCGAAUCGCCGGUCGGAUAUCCUGAUAUUCAGAACUUUGCAGCUGGACGCUUCCGGGAGCUCCUUGCGCACGGCCCAAAUGGCCGGAUUCGUGAAGAGAUUUAUCUUGAAUGCAUAUCGGAUGUGUCAGACAGAACUGCUACUGCCCCUGGGAGUAUUUGUGUCAUCAAUGCGCUUUUACGACAGAACAUGGGGACCGAUCUUCAUACCUUGACGACUGAGCAUGGUCUCACGCAGUUGGUCAUCCAAGAGCUUGAAUCUACUAUCGCGGAGGAUCGGCAUUCAUCAAAUCCAUCCAUCAGAAACAGCCCGGCUAGUCAGGCACGCCGCGAACUUCUGCUUACUAUCAUCAUAUAUGAGCCAGGCACUAUCUCACCAGAGCUUGGCACAAAACUCUGGAAUCUACUCGUGGGUAGUGAAUCCAGGAGUGUCAUUGAUCGCAACACGUGGUGGCAGAUUCUGAAUAGCGCAAUGAAGAAGUCCCCCUCGGAGAAUGUAUUCAUCACUGCUUGUUUUAAGGAUCAUCUUCCGACGCUUCCUCCUGAUUGUUUUACCAUUGGAGCGCUAGACUUUGCUAGGGAGGCCAUCGCCUCUUGGCUCGAAGCCUCCUCCCAAGAUUCUGUCGACGAAGAUCGAGAAUUUGAAUCUCUUGCCCUCGAGCAGCUUUGGCGCAUGAUCUUGACGGCGCCACCAAAUACUAUUGACGCACAAGCUAUACACAUAUUGGUAGAGGUCUACGUAGAAAGCGGUCUCAUCCUAUCCUUGCCUCGUGCAAAGGCGCGCAGCAUCCACCUAGCACUUGUUGAUCGUUGUUUAAAACAAUUGGCAGGCGCAGCAACUAAGCUCAAGUCGUUCGACCAGAACAGCGUAUCCAGUGGGGAAGAGAAGGGUAUGGUACUGGUCGCUUCCGAAAACGAAUUUCAAGAGCAGGAAAUGAUCUUCGCGCGUUCGUUGGCCGUUCUACGGGAGUUCUUAAAAACUUAUCAGACCAAGCCACAGUUUGCUACACCAAAGUCUAGGUCUCCCUUGUCCGACGCUUCGAGUGCCUUGGAGGGUGACCCGUUGGAGGUCAGGUUUCAAUCUUUUGAUGGUGAUAAGCACACCGAAGUGAUGAGUUUGACUCUUGGAAAGCGCAAUACGGCAGCAUUUUUAUUCGCAAGCCUUCAGAAAGCUACGGGCUUCAAGAAUUUCAAGGUCUUUUAUGGCGGCAAGGGAUUCGAUCCUGACGAGGUGGACCUCUGCAAGUCAUUAGAAGAGUUAAAUUUCAACGGUCUUGUCUUGGUGCAACGACGGGAUGAGGAAGAUGGCCCGGGCCAUACAUCGGGUUCCAAAACCAGUCUCGAACUGGAGGUCACCAAACACUUGGAUGAGUUAUGGAGCUACCUUGGUAUGCAUGAGAAGGUGGCUCAAGAGAUUUACUAUUUUCUCAUUAAAUUCCCCGUAUAUGACCGUUUGCUGGCAGACUUUGAUUCUGAGGCAAUAUCUUACUCGGAGGUGUUCCCCCAAGGUCAGCCGUUCAAGUCUCUGUACGCCAUAUAUGCUCUUCGAGAAUAUAUCAGGGUGCAGUCACAAAAAGGGACUGUCAAUGGUGGUGCACUAACAAGAGCAACUUCUUUAAUUGUCGCAGCAAUAUCCAAUCCAGAUGUACUCGACCACUGUUCGGGUGCCGAAUUGAAAGAUUGCCUUGCUCUUCAUCUUAUUGACUGUUUUGUCGUUUUUCUGAGAGAACCAAUACUUCCUCCAUCUGUUGCUUCACUCCUGAAUGAUACCCUUCUCAAACGCCUUCUGCAAUUACUGUACAGCGUCAAGUCUGUUGCGGCUUCACAGAACUCUGUUCAUUUGACUUGGAGAUGCUUUGAGGCCCUCCUCGAAGCAUCUCUUCAAAAUUCAGCGUUUUGGUCCUCGUUCAAGUCGCACCUGGCAAGCACUGCACUUCUAAAAGACCUCCUUCUUGAAGACCCUCGUGUGAUUAUCAGGAAGAGCGUUGCGAAACUAAUCACGACGAAGUGUACCUUCAGUCCCAGUCUCGCAUGCGUCUCGACGACGGACUUUGCUACAGCAUUUUGGCCCAUGGUAGCUACUUUGAUCCCAAUGACAGCUCACCACCCACAGCAGUGUGAGGAAACGUUGUCCUUGGCUCUCACGUUGUUUAAGAAACUGGCAGAGACUUCACUCGAGUUUAUUAGUCUCGAUGACGUUAUCAGGCAAUGGGGCUCGUUGCUUCUUUCCCAUAAUUCCAAAGAAAAUGUUGGUCACCCAGAGAGCAUUGAUAUGGUCGCUCAGGGUCUGGCAAAGCUCUGCCAUACAGCGGCAUCCUUCGCAAAAGCUUCCCAGCAACCUUUAACCUGCAGUGCGAUCGGAGCCGAUCUGUUUCGGAAGCACCUUUUCCCCGACCUUUCACUCGAUAAUACUGAUGACAAUGAUCGCGUCAUUGUACCGAGGAUACCCUUGCUGAACACCACAACCCGUCACGUAAUUUCCGAGACGAUAUUCCACCUGGUGAAAGAUGAUGAGGCGCAGUAUAAGAAUAUAUUGCUGCUGUUAUCAACUCUUGUACCUUACGAACUGACCGACGAAGGGCCUUAUGUUUACGAACUGCCUUUUAUCUUCGAGAGAAGUAAAUCUGUUCGAUCACCCACUGGCUACGUUGGACUUAGAAACCUCUCUAACACCUGUUAUCUUAAUUCUUUGUUCACGCAGCUCUUCAUGAAUAUCCCUUUCAGAGAAUUCAUGUUGACCGCGCAUGUUGCAGAUGGCGGUGCCUCACAGAAGCUAUUAUCCGAAACUCAGAACUUAUUCAGCUAUAUGCAGAAUAGUCUCAGGAGAUUUGUUGACCCUGCAAACCUCGCCGCCUCUAUCCGGACUUACGAAGAGACCAAUAUCGACGUGAGUAUCCAGAUGGAUGUGGAUGAAUUCUACAACCUCCUCUUUGAUCGCUGGGAGAGUCAGAUUCUAGCACCCGACGCCAAAAGACAAUUUCGAUCCUUCUAUGGUGGCCAGCUCGUACAGCAAGUGAAAUCCAAGGAAUGUGCGCACAUUUCUGAACGUCUGGAACCAUUUUCCGCUAUUCAGUGCGACAUCAAAGGCAAGAGCUGCCUCCAGGAAAGCCUUCAAGCUUAUGUAGACGGCGAGAUCAUGGAAGGAGACAAUAAAUACAAGUGCUCAACAUGUGAUCGUCAUGUGGAUGCGGUCAAAAGAGCAUGUCUUAAGGACAUCCCGGAUAACUUGAUCUUCCAUUUGAAGAGAUUCGAUUUUAACCUGCGUACCCUCCAACGAAGUAAGAUCAACGACUACUUCUCAUUUCCGGAGAAGAUAGACAUGCGGCCUUAUAAGGUCGAACAUCUAAUGGACAAUCCCGAUGGGUCUGCCGAAGAUGUGUUUGAAUUAGUAGGGAUCCUUGUUCACUCUGGCACCGCAGAGUCGGGUCAUUACUAUUCGUAUAUUCGAGAGCGACCUUCGAACAGUGACAAAGAGAAUUGGGUUGAGUUCAACGAUGACAGCGUGACCCCCUGGGAUCCUAAGUGUAUGGAAAGCGCCUGCUUUGGAGGCAUCGACUACCGUGGGCCAGUCGAUAACGUCAACAUGCAGUAUGACAAGAGCUACAGCGCAUAUAUGUUGUUCUAUCAGAGAUCAUCAGUUCUUGCGACACAGCAACAGGCAUUGGAACACUCGGGAGUUACCAGUCCCAUCCGUCUACCGAUCUCCCCACGAAUUUCCAAUCACAUUGCGAUGGAGAACGAGCUUCUGAUGCGCAAGUACUGCUUGUAUGACCCGUCCCACACCGCUUUCGUUACCAAAAUGCUUGCAAACAUGAAGCAGAUCAAUAAGGGCCGCUGCUCUGAUUCCCAUAGCCUGGAGAAGCUUGCCCUAACCGUAUCCCUGAAUCAUCUUGACCAGGUAAUUGGGCGAACUAAAGACCUUCCAGACUUCCAAAACUUCAUGCUGGGGGUAAGACAGAUUUGCCACAGCUGCGCGGAAUGUAGCAGAGAUUUUCUCGAAUGGUUUUGUGAUCGCCCCGACACUCUUCGCCACCUUCUUGUGCGGAAUCCGGAUGCCUUGGUUCGCAGUGAGAUGGCUUCAUCCAUCAAUUUUGCACUCGUCAAAGUCAAAACAGAUGCCGCGUAUGCUUAUGGACUCGGCGAUGAUGAGGAUAGUAUCGAUGGCUUGGACGCAUGCGAAGACCCUCGGCUGCUCCAGAGAGUGGUGAGAACAAUCACCAGGCUGUGGGAUAUUUUCCACACGAACUGCAGAGCUUGGCCAGAGUACUUCGGUCUUCUGUCAUGCAUUGCCAAUCUAGGAGAGCAUGAAUCAGUUCUACUUCUGGAUGCGGGAUUUCUUCGCAAAACGUUAGAGGUCAUCAGCGCAGACAAUCUGCUGCCUCUUUCGAACCAGUAUCAACGUAUGAUAAGCAUUAUAUCAAAGCGGAUCGCCACUAGACCGGUUUCGUACGAGUCCGUGAUUAGUCUUCUUCACCGACUAAUCGAAACCUGUGACUUGUCCCUUGAAUCAAUCCCGGACAAUGAUGAGCGCCUGGAGUCGUCUCUGAAUGGUGGCGCAAUCCCUCUCACCCAUACCGAAAGGCAUCUUCUGAUGCAGCAUUGGACUAGAGGGCAAGCCCAUAUCCUCACCGAAAAGUUGCUACAGAUCCAUCAGAAUCACAGUGCGACACGCGAUAUCCUCAUCAUACUCCUGCAUUGUUCAGAAAGUCUGGACCACUAUAUUUUCCAAGCCAUCAUUCACGGUAUCAGGAGAGGUUCGGCAUCUAUACCUUGCGGUCCAUUCCUCAGAGCAGCAAUUCUCUAUUGCGAGCAUUCGGAGGAGCCACAGGCUAUUGCAACUAUGGUAUUGCAUGUUACAAAGGUUGCCAGUCGUAUUGAAAACAUCGAAGGCAAGGAGUUUCUUCAGUUCUACAAAGACGUUGUCAAUUUGGAGGACAACAAAAACGACAUCCCAAGAGAGGAGAUAAUCAAGAUAUGUCUAGAGCAGGUACCCAGCUGGGCUCCUGGGCUUCUCAACUGCUACGACGGCUCGGUGCGUGAAGGCACGGAAGCUUUUCUCGCGGAAAUCCUCCUCCGAUACGGCCCUCAGGUAGAACUUGGAACUUCUGCAGCAGAAGUAGAAAAGGCAAAUACGAUUCUUCAGGUCGCACAAAAGUUAGGAGUUGCUUGUCUCGACUACUUGAACGAGGUUUAUGUCAGGCUGCGGCAGCCAGCUGUGAGAGCAAGUUUGGAAAGCAUUCUAAACGUGAUUGCCACUUGCACGACUUACUUCGACGAAGAAGCCAGGGAUCCCCUUACUCGACGAUUCUUCGAGAUGAGAUCAACCGUUCUCCCUGCUCUAAAAAGAUUUACAGUCGAGGAAGUUGACGAGGAAGUAUCCGAUUGGGAUGGUUCAGAAGGAGAGUACGGAUCGUCUGAGCCCAUGGACAGUAUUGCAGAAUUCUGUGGAGCUGUUAACGAUGACCUGGAUACCGACGUACAGCUCUAAGCUGGAUGACUUUACGAAUUUCCGAAUCAUUGCGUCAUCCUUUGUUGUUCUUUUUUUUGGCGAUGGCUGGCGUAACAAGCGGAAUGGGAAUGGGAAGCCAAUAAAAUGCAGGAUGCACGGGUUGGCGCACAAGGCGUAAAGAUAAUAUCACCUC